AUGGAUAACACUAAAGGCAACUUUAGUCUCAUAAAGGACUUCGCGAAGCAUCUUGUGGGAAAAUUUCAAAUCUCAGACGAAGGUACGCGUGUUGGAGCCAUUACAUUCGGUCACGGAGCACAUAUUCGUCUUCUGUUCAGUGAUUUAAAAGGCAAAGAAAACAACUUGCAGAAUGUGAAGGAACAGAUCAAUAGAUGGCAUGAAGGUUCUCCCGUUUAUGAUAACAAGACUAGUAUCAGCGAAGCUCUACGUGUUGCUAAAGAUUUCCUGUUUAGGACUUCCAGUGGCAUGAGACUCGGGCAAGUAGAACAGGUAAUAAGCCUUCUUCAUUCCUCUGACACCCCUGAGGAGCCUUGAGAGUUCUCGUAGCGUGUGUCUUAGGAGGCCGUGUGUGUAUUGUGCGCCCAUUGCUGGUUUGCAUCAUUCCCAUGACACUCAACGCCCUUUGCAAACACUUAGGGCUUGUUUACGUGGAGGUGGGGGACCUAAGGUAGGUGAGGUAACCCGCUUAGGUGGGGUAAAAAAGUAACCCCCGUUUACAUGCAUCCUUACAACCCAGCCAUCGCCGGGUGCACUUUCUCAAGAUUAUUGAAUGAUCGCUAAGCGCGUAAACAAAAAAAUGGCUGGCGAACAACGUGUUUUGUGGAUUAAUACUCUUCUACACUCUCUUGCUGCUCUUGUUACAACCUACACUGCUGUGGCUUUCUAUUGUUACCUUCAAUGAUGCAAAGCCACCGCCAAAAGUAAAUUUUGCGCCAAUUUGAUGCAUAGCGAAACCGACCCUGACUAAGCGGGUUACCCCACCUUGUAUGACACGAUAAACAGUAUUGUAUUGAAACGUUCACAUGGCAAAAUUUGACCCCGGCUGAGGUUAUCCGGUCUGGCAGAACGGGCUACCCGCCUUGGCGGGUCACCCCACCUAUCAUGUAAACUGAAUCAAAUUAUGAUGAGGGAUUAAUUUGGUCAAGCGGGUGGUCCCAACUAGGCGGGUUACCUCACCUACCUGGGGUCCCCUACCUCCAUGUAAACAGGACCUUAAAGAGGGGAACACUGACGGCAGACCCAUGCACUGCAGUGAAAUCAAAUUGAUUGAGACCUCUGAGUAGACAAACGAUGUUUUCACACGUGAAAGAAUCGUUUGCGUCUUUGUUAUUUCUGUAUUAGGGUGUACGGUUAUAACACACGUUUUUCUUUUGUUUUCGUGACAGGUACUCGUGCUUUUCACAAACGGAAAACAAGACAUGGGGCAGGUAGCUUCUACUCUCAGAAGAAUUCAGGAACUACAAAAUAAAGGAAUAAAAAUUAUCAUUGUGGGUAUUCAAAAACCAGACCCUAUCGAGCUGUUGAAGCUUGCCGGUGGAAUCGAGAACAUGCAUUGGCUGAAGUCUGAGGGCAGGAUUACAAGCAUCGCUACCAAAAUAUUCCAGAGUGUAUGCAGUAAAGCCUAG